AUAACUUUAAUCUGUUCAAAGAAAAAAUACCCUAAAAAAGUAUUUAUAUUUACUGAUCAAAAGUGAAAUACUCCUAACUUAAGCAGCUGCAUCAUAGCGUCUGUCAACAAAAUUUGAAAUCCGUGGAGUGCGCUGGCUUCCUUGACCAGUAAGAGAAGCAAAAUUAAUCAGUUUUUAUUUUGGGUUGUUUUUUCUUUCAAAAAGACAAUAUUCAUGGAAUCUGUUUUCUAUUUUAUUCAAUGAACUUUUGCAUGUCACAAUCACAUGGUAUAUAAAGACAGUAUCAGUUACUUUUGAGUGGAUAAAAUAUAUUAAGGGGAAAUCACAGCAAUAAGGAAACUGAGUGUUGUUUGCAUGGUUUUACUUUUAUUACAUUUGUUUAUGUGGAGAGAUGGCUUCAUUUAAACUUUUUGGACAUCCUUGGUUGCUGAUUACUUACAUCGUUGUAUUAUAUACUACAAUACUUACGAAUGUGGUAUCUGCGCAAUGUGCUUCAAACAUUGCUUGCUUUUCACCACCAAUUGAUGUUGCAGAGCUUUCUUCAAACAAUAUAACAGUAAACUCCACUUGUGGUUCUCCUGCCGAGGCUUUUUGUGUUAAUACAGAUUGUAAUUUAAAUUGUGACGCUACUAAUAAUGAAACUCACCAUCCUGUUAGCUUUUUAGUAGAUCAGUAUGACUUGUUAACUUAUUGGAAAAGUAAAAAUUUUGAGGAACCAGUAUAUAUACAAUUUGAUUUUGGACAUAACUUAAUUUUACACCAAAUAACUUUGACAUUUCAGUUUGAACUUCCCAAUGGCUUAUAUGUACAAAGAUCUCAGAAUUCUGGCAAAACAUUUUUAACCUUAGCUUAUUAUGCCAUACGAUGUGCAGAUACUUUUGGUUUACCUGAGGCAAAUUUUUAUAACAAAACACAGGUCCUUUGUUUUCUGAUAAAUCCUGGAACUAUACAGAAGCAGAUAUCAUAUGCACCACGAAGGGAUAGAUACGUUGCAACAGAAGUUUUGAAAGGUGGUGCUGUCAGAGAUUAUUAUCUGGCAACAAAUAUUCGAAUUGUACUUCAAGAAUUUUUCACACCAUCAGACUUCAAUAGAGCUUCAGCAGAUCGAAGGAAGUUUUAUUUCACCCUUCGGGACGUUGAUGUCCAAGUUGCUUGUUUCUGCAAUGGCAUGUCAAACCAGUGUUCUCCCCAAGACUAUGGCACUUGCAUCUGUCAAAAGAAUACAGAAGGCAAAAACUGUCAGUUUUGCAAACCACUUUAUAACAACAAGCCAUGGGGAUUUGGACAAGCUUGUGAAGCCUGCAGCUGCAACAGUCACAGUUUUCUAUGUCAAUAUGAUUCCUCACUUGGUUUUGGUGUUUGUCUUGAUUGCAUGCACAAUACAAAAGGCCACAAAUGUGACUCGUGCAACACAGCGUUUUACAGAAAUCCUUCCACUGGAAUAACAGAUGUGAAUGCAUGUAUUGCUUGCUAUUGCAAUAUGGAUGGUGUAUUAUUUGGCAGCAGUGUAUGUAAUGCUGUCACUGGUGUGUGUUUCUGUAAAAGCAAUGUGCAGGGAGCCACAUGCAAUGUUUGUAAGGAUGGAUAUUUUGGUUUAUCUCCCACUAUAUUAAAUGGUUGUUCAGCUUGUGCAUGUUAUGCAUUUGGUACAGUUGGAGGCACAGUUGUAUGCAACAAAACGUCAGGUCUGUGUCCAUGUAAAGCAGGUUUUACAGGUAGAACAUGCUCAAACUGUAAGACUGGUUAUUAUGGUUUCCCAGUUUCUAAUCCAACCGAAUGUCGCCAAUGUGGUUGCUCCCCAUCAGGAUCAUUGGAUGGCAAUUGUGAUACCUCUGGACAAUGUAACUGUGCUGCAAGGUAUUAUGGCAGACAGUGUGAGCAAGUUGUUACUGGUUGGUUUUCUGCAAGUGUCAAUCAAAUGAUUUACAGUGCAAGUAUGGCAGUCAUAACAUCUCCUGUGUCUUGGACAUCAAUGUCAAUGAAUCUCACUGAUGCUAGUGGCAAUAAUUUUUUUAUUCUUGGUUAUUCCAUUGGGUUAGGUGGUGUGACAAGUUCAUUGGCAACAAGUCUAGCUUUUAGUGUGUCAAUUUCAGCUGUCACUUAUUAUGAAUUUUUCUUGCAAUAUUCUACAACUUUUUCUUUCAUGGGAGUCAAUAUGAUUGCAGAAUAUCAAUCAACUGCGACAUCUUAUUCUUGUGACGGUGGCACAACUACCCUAUUAACCAGCUCAUCAAUCACAAUGACAAGCAAUUUGAAUCCUAAUUCAGACUCACAAAGUUUUGGGUACAAAUGUUUAGCUCAAGGGCAGUAUAAGGUUGUGGUCUGGUUUUCUCCUGGUAGUGCUGGAUCUUCUAGCAGCAGUGCUAAAAUAUUUAUAAUGUCGGUGUUGUUGAUGCCACGAUACCAGUUUUCAAUGGGAUAUAUUCAAGCAAGCGUAUCAAAUCAAGCUUUAAUUAGAAAUUAUUAUCAGACGGCAUCAUCAAGAAGUACAUGGGCUUUACAGGAGGCACAAGGGGCACAAUAUUUAGCAUACUUGUAUGGUUAUCUGUAUACUAAUGCUGUUGAGUGUCAAUGCAGUCCUGUUGGUGCCAUCAAUCCAUCAGUAUGCAAUACAAACGGUGGUCAGUGUAAUUGCAAAAAAAACAUUUAUGGAAGAACAUGUCAUUCGUGCAUUCCUCAACAUUACAAUUUUACAUCUGGGUUAGGAUGUGUUGCAUGCAGUUGUGAUCCAAAUGGUUCCAUAAAUCAAACUUGUGAUGCUAUUACGGGUCAAUGUUAUUGCAAGCCAAACGUUGUUGGUCGAACAUGCAAUCAAUGUGAUUUACAAUAUUAUGGUUUGAGUACUGGUGCUGGUUGUCAACCUUGCAAUUGCCCUCCACUGUAUUCAACCAGUUCUCAAUGCAGUGAUGAUGGCCAAUGUCAAUGUAAAACAGGUGUAGGUUCAGAGAAAUGUACAACUUGCGCAGCUGGAUAUUAUGAUCUUACUGUGACCGGUUGUAAGAAAUGUUCUUGUGAUGCUAUUGGUACAUCUGAGAAUAGGUGUAAUCCUACCACUGGUUCUUGCACAUGUAAAAGUCUUGUGAUGGGUUCACGAUGCGAGCAAUGCACUGUGGGUUAUUAUGGUUUCAGUUCGGAUUUUCCUGAUACUUGUUUGAAGUGUCAUUGUACCGGUAAGACACAAGAAUGUGAUGCAGCAGACGGUUAUUAUCUGACAGAUGUUAACACUACCUUCCCUACAACGGUUAAUAGCAGAGGAUUGUCAGGUUGGAAAGGUGUAGAUGGAAAUGGUGUUGAAGCUGGGAAGAUUUCAUGGGACUGGGCACCAGAAUAUGCUCUUCUUAAUGGUUUCGCCAAGCUUCUAAACGAUGCCAACUUUCCAGAACUUUAUUUCACUGCACCUGAUAUAUUUCUUGGCGAUAAACGAUCAGCAUAUAUGUAUUAUCUUACUUUUGAUCUCACACAAGAAAACUUAACAGCUCCAAUAGAUGCAUCAACUAAAGGAGAUGUUAUCAUUAAGGGAAAGAGUGAAAUUUUUACUUUGGUUUUGCAGUUGCCAGCUCCACCUUUAAAGCAUCAAAUGUUUAGAUCAUAUAGGGUACAAUUUUAUGAGAAGCUUUGGAAAAAAGACAAAACCGAUGGUGUGCAACCAACUAACGCCGAGAUGAUCAAAACUCUAAGUAACUUAGAAUAUAUACGAAUUCGCGGAAAAUGGACGAAGGAGCCGGGUCAUUUUACUGGUCUUGCAAACAUAAUUAUGCAAUACAGCGAUUAUAACCUUGGCAGCACGACUGGGUUGAGAGUGGCAAAAAAUGUUGAGUACUGCACAUGUCCUCAAGCAUAUGGUGGACAGUUUUGUCAAAACUGCAACAGCGGCUACACACGCUCACCAGCUAAUGGUGGGCCAUAUGACAAAUGUGUCCCGUGUCAAUGUAACUUGCAUUCUACUCAGUGCAAUCCAAACAAUGGGCUAUGUAUGAACUGUAAAGACAAUACAGAAGGACCAAGUUGUAAUCAAUGUUCUUUUGGUUAUUAUGGUAAUGCAACCAUUGGGGAGGCAACAGACUGCAAGGAAUGCUUAUGUCCGGGUGGAUUAGAUGCACCGAAUCAAUUUGCGAAAAGUUGUGUUAUGGAUCAAGACAGAAAGCCAACCUGUUUAUCUUGUGAGACAGGUUACAGCGGUCGUCAGUGUCAAGUUUGUGCUGAUGGUUACUAUGGAAACCCAAUGGAUCCUCUUGGAAAGUGUAAAAAGUGUAUUUGCAACAACAACAUUGACCCCACUGCACCCAACAACUGCAACACGACAACUGGAGAAUGUCUUCGUUGUUUAAACAACACUAUUGGUCACAGCUGUGAAUUUUGUAGACCUGGCUUUUAUGGAGAUGCUCUAACUCGAUGCAAUGGCUGUUCCUGUAAUCUGGUUGGUGCAGAUGGAAAUGAAUGUCAAAAUAUAACUGGCCAAUGUUAUUGCAAGAAAAAUGUAAUUGGCAGAAUAUGCGAUAAAUGCGCAGAGAAUACUUUCAAUUUCGCCAGCAAUGCAGGUUGUGAGUUAUGUCAGUGUAAUGAUAAAGGAUCAUCAUCGUUGCAGUGUAACCUGGUGACUGGUAAGUGUACUUGCAAGGCAGCAAGAAUUAUUGGUGACAAGUGUGAUCGAUGUGCUCCAGGUUUUUAUGAUUUAUCCAAAGGAUGCUUGCCUUGUAAUUGCAACAAAGAAUUCGCCGUGGGUAAUUCGUCUUGUGAUGCGGUCACAGGACAGUGUGAAUGUAAAAGAAGUCCACUGGGUGGUACAUAUAGUGGACGGACAUGUAGCGAAUGUGAUGUAAACGCUAUUGGAACUCCUCCGAAUUGUGAGUUGUGCCACUCUCCUUGUUAUGACAACUGGCAAAAUUACAUCGAUCAAGAAGCUGCGGAUAUCGCUCGCCUUCAUAGUAAUGUCACUUACUUACUUUCAAAGUUUGGAGGUAUGAGUUAUGAGAAUGUGCAAUCGCACCUGACGUGGUUGAAUGGAAAUCUGACGUACGUGAUGGACGUCUUCUCUGGAGCAAAUUACAACACAACUGCGAAAGAAGGACAGUUCAAACAGAUCGAAAUGCAUAUCGUGGAAUUUGAAAGUGUUUUAACGCAAACGGAAAGACAGUUGACAAGCUCAAAGCAAUACUUUGAAACCACUGUUGCUAAUUUUAACGGAACGGUUACACUAUCUGCUUCAAUUCCUCAACCAGUACCUGUCCCGCAGAUAAAUAUACGCGUUAAACGUCAAACUCUCAUAGUGCCCAACACUGUUGACGCGGCGAUGGUGACGCACAUGGCGCAAGGUUAUAUUGAAACGACGAAAAGUAACAAUGUCUCAGGACAAGCUGUGUUCACUACCAUUAAAAAUCAAUUCAAUGAGAUUGUUGCAGCUAAUGCAAGUGUUGCUGACGCAGCUGUUAAAUUGUCAGAAGCUAUGUCAGACCUAUCGAAAUCGGCAAGCGAGCGCGCACGCAUAGCAGGAUAUCUUGAUACUCAGUACAAAGCUACGUUCGCAACAAACGCUUACGAGUUGAAGAAAAUUCAUGACAUUGUUGCAAACAUUAUGAUACUACAAAAUCGCACUGUCAGCAUUCAUCAGAACGCCUUGUCGACCUUAGCAUCUGCUCAAACUGUGAUUACGCAAGCUAAAUCGGAAGCGCAAGCACGACUUGCGGCAGCUCAAGCUGUUACAAAAACAGCAGGUGAAAUGAAAGUUGAUGCAGUCGCUUUAAAUGCUAGUGUCGGUCAACAGGUGAAAGAAGCUUCGAGGUUAAAGGCCACAGCAGAUGGUGUUUUAUACGAUGUGCAACGCGAGACAGCAUCGCUUGCUCAGGGUGUGAGAGACAUAGCAGUAGUACGAAACAACACAGCCAACGCGUUACACCUAGCGUACGAGAUUGGUAAUACUUCAAUGAGUGUAACGAUGAGAGAAAUACAAGAUUUGUCAUCGCAGAUUAUCAACACUGUGAUUAAUGAGGGCAUCAUUAACGCUACAUAUGAAGGAGCCCAGGAAGGUCUUGUGAAAGCUAAAGAGGUUCAAGCCAGAUCGCAGCAAGCACUUGCUGUAUCGCAGUCGACAUUGCAAGAUAUUCGAAAUUUGGAAAAUGCUAUUGCUGAAUCAGCAGCUCUUCGUGUUAAUGCUACACAACUUCAAGUUGAAACUGAUAUAAAAGUACAGAGUGUACAAAAUAUAACAACUACGAUUGAAAAUCAAUUUAAUACAAUAAGCGGUCAAGGCGGCCAAACAUUGAGUUUAUUGAAGACAGCUAUCUCCCAAGCAGACGCUAAUAAAAUGUGCUUCGUAAACGCGAAGGCGAUCGUUGAUAACGCAACAGCGGUAGCAGAAGAAGCCCGAAAAAAAUCACAGGAAGCUCUGUUGUUACAUCAAUCAAACGCUGGAAUUCUUCCGUCCUAUUCAACACAAAUCAACAGUUUGUAUCAGCAAACGUCAGCAACCCAUACGAAAGCGCAGCAAGCUGCCACGGACGCUCAGCAGUUACUUGAAGAUGUUACGGAAGCCGAAAGAUUGUUAAGUCAAUUCACCGCUCAACAAAACGAGUUGAAUUCGCUAAAGUCGGAGACAGAAACAUUGGAAGCCGAGUUAAAUGAUUUACUCUUAAAAUAUGAACAAGAACGGGUGAAGUUCAGUGGCUGUUCAAGGCCCUAAAGACGACGAGUAUAUAUGUUUGGAAAAACAAUUUAUACUCUACUCCGUGUAGGGGCACAUUCUUUAUUUUUUGUUGAUUUAAAACCAUUGAGAGUGGGUCAAAGUUGGAUUGUGACAUGUUUUUGUUCCACAACGUACGCGCUUAUACUUUUUAAAGUGGCUGUUCCGGAUUUUAAAAGUUAUUUUUAAAUAAGUUGUUUUCGCGUUCUGUUGCACGUUUUAAAACAUAUCUUUAAUAAAUUUAAAUGGAACGUUUAUUUAUAAGAUAAAUUUAUGAACGCUUAACAUUGGAUUUUGUGAAGAAAGUAUACCGUGCGAGUUUUGAAAAUAAUUUCUAUUAACAAGAUAUUCAGUGAUUGAUCCUCAACACACUUUUUUGUAAUGAAUCUUCACAACUCCACAGUUUUAGUAUUUAGGCGUCUUUAAGACAAUCAGUUGAUGGGAAAAUAAAGAACAGAAAAAAUACGAAAAUUAUAAGAUAUAACCUCGUUUAUUUUGGACACUCUUAUAUUACUGAAACAUGAGAUAACUGAAAGUAUUAUAAAACAUAACAUAUUUUGAACGUCCACAAAAUCCGGUGCAACAUUCUUGACUUUUGUGAGGAUAACACGUACACUGCGACUUUUUUUUAUUAAAUGCGAAAACAUGUAUAUAGCUAAAGCAUAUUGAAUAACACGUGCAUUAAGCAUACAUUCGAAUUUCAGUUGUCCGCCCUAACUUCUGAGACGUAGCUUCUUGUGGAAAUGCUCCAUACGAGUUUUCCUUAGCCGCCCAUAGCAAGUCGGGUAAAAAAAGUGUCUUCUGACUUUAUUUUAAAUAUAACGUAACCCACGGCUUUUAGUAAAAUAAAGGUGUCAAGAAAUCUAAAUACUAGAAUCACGGAAUUUUCACUAUCACUUUGUUGAGAUGCAACUUGAGUUUUAAACUUUGUAUCUUUGUUCCCUCGUUAACUACUUUUCAUGUAAAUAAAAACGUGAACAGAUUUUUUUCUUUUUUUUAACUUAGGUUAUAUAAAAAUUUGAAUUUUGUAGCAUUAAGAAUUUAUGUACACGGACUAGACAUCGGUUCAAUUUUGUAGUUAUGUAACGGAUUUGUUUUUUUUAUAUUUUGUAAAUAUUUUAAAGUUAAUUUAUUGAUGUGAAAUAAUAUAAUUAUUACCAUUUUUAUAUGUACAUAAGCUUCUUCAAAGAGCUGGGUUUUUUCUGUUCAUUUUUCUAAUAAUAAAAACAGUAACUUUAA